AUGGAGUUGGCAAUCAAGUUAGGAUUAAGAAAUAAUAAAAAGGUGAAUUUCUAUAUUCCUAGAGUGGAAGAGUUUAGCUUUGAUGAUGACAUGAGUGUAGCUCCAUACAAUCUAGUGUCAGUCAUAAGUGCUAAAAGGAUGUUAAGGCGUGGCUAUCAAGGUUAUGUGGCACUAGUGAGGGACACAUUUGUUGAAAGUACUUGUGUGAAAAAUCACGACAAAUUAGUGACAUAUGCUUCAAGGCAGUUAAAGUGGCACGUGCAGAACUAUCCCACUCAUGAUUUAGAGAUGGCGGCUGUAGUUUUUACAUUAAAGAUUUGGAGGCACUAUCUGUAUGGUGAGUACCAUCCAAGAAAGGCAAAUGUGGUGGCAGAUGCCUUGAGCAGAAAAUCUUUUGGCAGUCUGGCACAUAUCUCAAUAGAAAGGAGACCAUUGAUUCAAAAGAUAUAUGAGUUGAUGGAUCAGGGUCUAAUUUUAGAUAUAUUAGAUGAGGGUGCACUAUUGGCACAUUUUAGAGUAAGUCUAGACCUACAGGAUAGAAUUAAAGUUGCUCAACACAGAGACCGACAAUUAAUGAUAAUUAUAGAGAGGGUGCAGCAAAGAGAAAAGUGUGAAUUUGGGUUUGAUAUAGAUGGUGCUCUUAUACAAGGCUUCAGGAUAUGUGUGCCAGAUGUGGACAACGUCAGACAUGAGAUUAUGUAG